AGCGUACACGGACUUAGUGGUUGCAAUAAGACUGAUUUUGCUGCCGCGCUUUCAUACCGUACUCGAGAGCAGCAUCCAUGCAUGCACAGCACAUUGAGCGAAACUACCCAUUUGGAAUUGGCAGCCAGGCGCCAAUCACUCUUCAGUACUUACGUUCUCUUCAGUCUUAGAAGAUCCCACCAAUUUUACUCUUAUUCUUUUGCCUUCUUUAAAAAGGGGCUAAUUUUGGAAAGGCAGUGUUAGCACUAAUCACUGCAAGAUCAAGAGCCUUGACGUCACUCUCUCGUUUAUGACAGUCACCAUGUUGACGGCUCAUGAUACCAUGAUUCCCGAAUGACUUGGUUUGCUUCACUCAGUUGACAUCUAAGAACGAUUCCUGGACGAUUCCUCCCCAAUCCACCGAGUUGCACUUAGAAAGAUACUUCCCAGGCUCAAAUGCCGUCUCUCAUGCCCUUCCGCACCGCACUGCGCACGCCAGCUACAGCGCACAUUUUACCUAUGCGCUGUACCCAGAGUUUCCAAACUUCGCAAACAACAUGCAUGGCCUAUAAAGACGAUCAGAACCGGGAAUCACUUAAACCAAAAGCGCACGACAACACAAUAUCUGGAACAGACGACGAAGCAGCCGCCAACGAGGAUGCGGCCUUCAACCCAGAGAAGACAUCACCGGAGACUGCGAAGGACACCAUGGGCAAAGGUGGUGGUGUUGGUAAUCCGCUAGAGUUUAGCCCAGCCAAUAAGGAAAUGGCUCGGGGAGGUCAGGGCCAUGCGGAUGGUAAGCCUCAGGCCGGCGACAACAGUAAAAGCAGCGGUGGCAGCAGCACCUCGAAGGGUAAAUAACGUUAAGAGACCUAGUGUUGAGUGUUAGUGUUUAAAAGAGGACGCUUUUGUUCAAGAGUAAAGCAGAGGACUGUUCGCGACGUCAUUCCGUCUGUUUUGCAUUGUAAAACAUUCCAUUAAGAGAUGGGAUAUGAUACCUG